AUGAAAACAAAAAAAAAAGGAAUAAAAAGAUCUAAAAGCACGCCUACAUGUAAAAUUGUGAGUGGAGAUAUCUAUCUAUCUAUCUAUCUAUCUAUCUAUCUAUCUAUCUGUUUUUGCUUCUCUGUCUCUUUCUCUAUCUAUCUAACUAAAUCUGUUUCUUUCUUUAUCUAUCUAUCUAUCUAUCUAUCUAUCUAUCUGUCUGUCUGUCUGUCUCUUUCUUUGUUCUUUCCUUCGCUGUCUAUCUGGUUCUUGUUUUUUUUCUCUUUCUCUCUCUCUCUCUCUCUCUCUCUUUCUAUCUAUCUAUCUAUCUGUUUCUUUCUUUCUUCUUUCUUUCACUAUCUAUCUAUCUAUCUAUCUAUCUAUCUGUCUGUCUGUCUUACCAAGAGUUCACAUGAAGAAAUAUUUGGAAUAGAACGAGCUAAUGGGGCAUGGUUUUUUAUUUCUUUUUCGUUUCUUUUCAACACAAAUUCACCUACUGGCUACAGGUAA